GGAUAAUGACCUCGGCUACGACUCUGGUGAUUCUAAAGGCUCUGGAGCAUCGCCAUCUAACAGGAAGAAAGUGCGCUGGGAAGGAAAUGGAAGUGUAAUAGAGAAAGAGAUUGGAACCACUGAAUCCGACGGUGAUGAACUGUCGGUCCCCGAAAAGAUAUGUCUCACGGCAUGGUGUCAGCAUGGUCGUGUAGGGGCGGCGUACUAUGAUCCUGUGAAGUGUAUGGUGUACGUCCUGGAGGAUACUCAAGAAUCUCAGCAUUUCGACCUGAUUCAGAUAAUUCUCGACCAAGCAAAACCUGAUGUCGUUCUUACAAGUUCUAAGGCAGAUGAUUCAUUCAUCGAUGCCCUCCGUGAAUACGCUGACCGAUUCGGGGGUGUCUUUCAAAUUCGACCUCACAAGGAUUUUAUUCCCGCUAAAGGACGUGACCGGCUUUUUUCUCUCGAGCUGCUGUCUGAGUUGCCUUCUGCCGACGACGUGAAUCCAUCGAAUAUAGGUCCUGACGCUUCACGUGCCAGGGAUGCCUACGAAUUUAUGUCAAAACGAAGAAAUCAGGAAGGCGACCCGACUAUGAAGCGCUGGAAUGCCGCAAUCCGAUUGUCCAAUUUCGCUCUUGUUGAUUCCUCUCCUCUUUGUCUGGCAUCUAUUGGGGCCCUGCUGGAUUAUCUCGUUCGAGAACGAGUUCUUAAUGAUCUUGAAGGAGAGGGUACACACGGUCUAGACAUCCGGGAUAUUGAGAUCUUGGCCCUUAAUGAAGUCAUGCAGAUAAAUGCUGAUGCUCUACACUCGCUUCAAAUCUUUGAAAAUGAAAGCCAUGCUUGCGCUCAAUCCGACAAGACGAAAGAAGGCCUCUCGCUUUUCGGCAUUCUUGAUACAACGAAGACAACGCUGGGACGAGCUCUUCUGCGCACCUGGCUGUUAAGGCCUUCACUUUCCCUCUCUGUGAUUGGAUCACGCCACGAUGCUGUGGAAUGCUUUAUGCGGCUCGAAAAUAUAGGGUUGACAAGCUCGUUACAUGGGCAUCUGAAGGGUAUCAAAAACGUGCCGCGUAUGCUCGGAAUUUUGAAAGAUGGUCGAGGUAAAAUAUCCGAGUGGCAGGGUCUUGUCAAGUUUACGUUUCAUUGCGCGAUGCUCAAAGACGUCCUGACCGAGUUACAUGCAGCAAGCCAUGUCGAUGUUGUUAAGAAGCUUUUUGACGUCUUGGACAUUGCCUGCUUUCGCGAUGUGGGCAACAGAAUAAAUGAGACUGUCGAUUGGGAGGAGUCAUCUCAGGCUGGCCGUGUUUGCGUCAGGCCCCUUAUUGAUGAAGAGUUGGAUAACCGAAAACUUGUGUAUUACGGAAUUGACUCUGUGCUGUCAAAGGUGGCACAGCAAAUGAGCCAGCUAGUACCAGCCGAUUAUGCACCGUCCCUGAACAUAGUUUAUUUUCCCCAACUUGGUUUCCUCGUGUGUAUACCGAUGUUAAAAGAGUGGCGGACGGAGGCUGGAAUUACCGUUAUCGAUGGAUGGACGUUCCAGUUCUCGUCCGAGUCCCACGUUUAUUUCAAAUCUCAGGAGAUGCACGAUAUGGACGCUCACAUAGGCGAUCUCCACUCCCUCAUCGUAGACCGGGAAAUUGAAAUUAUACAGUCCCUCCUCGGGGACAUUUUGGUCCAUUAUGAUAUCAUGACACAUGCAUGUGAUAUUUGUGCUGAACUCGACUGCCUUCUCGCCUUUGCAGAUGCUUCUAGAUUAUAUGGAUACCGGAGACCGACCAUGGUCCAACAGAAUAUCAUCAACAUCAAGCAAGGAAGACACCCCUUGCAAGAACAAGUUGUUGACACCUUUGUUCCCAACGAUGCGCAUUUAGCUGGGGGUUUCUGUGAUCCUUCUGACCUCCUCUCCGAUAAUAUUCGUUCUAGCGAUAUAGCGUGGAAUAGCGUUGUACUUUGCACAGGCGCAAAUGCUUGUGGGAAGAGCGUUUUCUUGAAGCAAAUUGCGAUGAUCCAAUUCAUGGCCCAGAUAGGAUGCUUCGUUCCUGCAGACUCCGCCACACUUGGAGUUGUCGACAAGAUUUUCACUCGUAUAUCGACUACAGAAUCGGUGUCCAAAGUGCAAUCUGCGUUUAUGAUUGACUUGAAUCAAGUGUCUCUAGCUCUGCGAAACUCGACUGCUCGAUCGCUGAUUCUCUUGGAUGAAUUUGGAAAGGGCACUCUUUCUACAGACGGCGCCGGGCUUCUGUGCGGCGUGCUCAAGCACCUCAUGGAUCGCGGAGCGAACUGUCCAAAAGUCCUCGUAGCAACUCAUUUCCACGAUGUAUUCAGAGAAGAGCUCUUGGAUCCAGAUUCGACGCCCAUUACUUUUCUCCAUAUGCAGGUCCUCUUCACGUCAAGCACUGGAACUAUCCUCGGAUCACGGGAGUCAACACCUUCGGCUAAGACGGAGUGGGAUAGAAGUAGUAUAGACCGACAGGUCAAUCCUGGGGAGAAGAUCACGUAUCUCUAUAGAGUAGUGGAAGGCCUUUCGCUGGUAUCUCACGCUGCUAAGUGCGCUGAGAUUUUCGGGCUACCUAGUCGGGUUGUUGAGAGGGCGCAGCACGUGAGCGAUAUGAUAUCGAACCACAAACUCAGUAGAUUACUGGACGAAGAAAUGACAGAGGAAGAACGUAAAGAUCUGAAAGAUGCUGAGGCCGUUUGCCGCAGAUUUCUUACUUGGGACCUCGAGAAUGAAGACGGCAGCAUCAAAAGGCGAUUGGCAGAAAUACUCGGGAGACCGACGGACGAAGAAUAGUAAUUAAUAACAUACACUAUACGGAACUGUACUCGUACUGGA